ACUUAUGCUUGCCAGUCCACCCAUCACUGAAGAACAAGAGAAAGGUGAAGAAAUGCAGCAAUCUGUUUCAGAAGGUGGGGAAGGCAUUAGAGUUUUACAAGAAAAGAACGAAGAACUAAAAAGGCUUUUAAUUAUUGGCGAGAAUGAACUCAAAAGUGAAAAGGUGGAAAAAGCAGAAUUAAAUGAACAGCUUGUGAGUUUGCAGCAGCAGCUUUGUGUCGCUGAAGAAAAGAACUUGACUCUGAGGACAAAGGUGGAACAAAUCCAGGCCAGUUAUGACAGUGCAGUUGCUGAGUUACAUAUGCAGAAAGCUGUGAACCAAGAGCAGGAGGAGAGGAUCCUGAAAUUGUCACAGGAGUUGGAAACUGCUACAAGAAGCAUCACAAGCAAUGUUUCACAGAUAAAACUAAUGCAAACAAAAAUAGAUGAACUGCGGUCACUUGAUUCACCUUCUCAUAUUUCAAAAAUAGAUUUACUUAAUCUCCAGGAUCUGUCACAUGGUCCUAAAGGGGAUAAUUUGCUGAACACAUCACUACAGCUUCCAGAUAAUGACAUGUCAAGCAAAUGGGUUAAGGAAUAUCAUAUUCAAGAGCACAAUAGGGAAAUUUCCUUCCACUCUGUUAUUGAAACCAUCUGGGGAGUAUGUAAAGAGAUUGUGAAGACCUCUUCUGAAAAGUCUCAUCAGAUUCAGGGCCUGGAAGAGCAAAUUGAAAAAUUACAGGUAGAAGUAAAAGGCUACAGGGAUGAGAACAAUGAACUACGAGCAAAGGAGAGUGAGGGUAUGCAUCAAGAUCACCAACUGAAAGAAAAAGAAAGUCUUAUACAGCAACUCAGAGAAGAACUGCAAGAAAAGAGUGUUAGUCUUGGGGUUCAAGUACAGCUUGUGGCCGAAAGAGAGCAAGCUCUUUCAGAGCUUACCCAGGAUGUUGCGUGCUAUAAGGCAAAAAUAAAGGAACUUGAAAUGAUGGUAGAGACCAAAAAGGAUGAGUGUAGGCGCUUAGCCGAAUUAGAGCAAGUCAUUUUAGAGAAGGAAUCUGCCAUCUUAAAUCUAGAAGCAAGUCUGAAGGAAUUUGAAGCAAAUCACCAGGAUCACAUCAAAAACACCAAAGAUUUAAAUGAAAAGGAAACCAAGUUGGAAGAAGAAAUCUCCCAGUUGACAAAUAACUUGCAUAAUAUGAAACAGUCACUUCAGCUAAAGGAAGAAGAAAGAGAAGCCAGCAGACGAGAGACAGAAAAAUUGAAAGAGGAGCUUGCUGCUAACUCUGUUCUUACUCAGAAGCUCCAAGCAGAUCUUCAGAGGAAGGAAGAAGAUUAUGCUGAGCUGAAAGAGAAACUCACUGAUGCCAAAAAGCAGAUUGAGCAGGUACAGAAGGAGGUAUCUGUAAUGCGUGAUGAAGAGAAAUUAUUGAGGAUUAAAAUUAAUGAGCUGGAGAAAAAGAAAAACCAGUAUUCUCAGGAAAUAGAGAUGAAACAGCGGACCAUCCAGCAGCUCAAGGAGCAGUUAAAUAAUCACAAAAUGGAAGAAGCUGUACAACAGUAUGAGAGAGUAUGCAAAGCAUGUCACUAUUAUGGAAACAUUGUGAUGUGUUUUAAGAUUGGGAAGUAUCUAAGUGUUAAAGAGAAGGUGAUUGAAGACAUGAGAUUGACACUAGAAGAGCAAGAACAAACUCAGGUAGAACAAGACCAAGUGCUUGAGGCCAAGCUAGAGGAAGCUGAUUGGCUAGCCAGAGAAUUGGAUAAAUGGAAAGAAAAGUUCAAAGAUCUGGAAGCUAGAAGUAAUCAACAGUCAAAUAAAGAACCCAUGGAUGACACAGACGUACUAAGAAAGAAGCUCAGUAAUCUUCAGGACGAGCUGCAGGAAUCUGAAGAGAAAUAUAAAGCUGAUAGAAAAAGAUGGUUAGAGGAAAAAGCAGCCCUUACCACUCAAGCAAAAGAAGCUGAGAAUCUACGGAACAAAGAGAUGAAAAAAUAUGCUGAAGACAGGGAGCGCUGUUUAAAGCUACAGAACAAAGUGGAAACACUAACAGCACAGCUGGCAGAGAAAACUGCUGACCUUCAGAAGUGGAGAGAGGAGCGGGACCAGCUGGUCACAGCUUUAGAGGUGCAGAUGAAGGCGCUGCUCUCCAGCAUCGAGCACAAGGAGGAGGAAGUCCAGCAACUGAAAAGGGCUGCAGCAGAAAGUGCGGGGCCGGAAAACCAAACCAUGAAUCUCAAGCCUGAACAUAGUACUUCACUUGAUGUUGGUGGCGUUGAAACUGAACCUCAGUCAACAAGUUUUGAAAUUUCUAGGGACACAACAGAGGAUGGAUCUGUAGUUCUCGACUCUUGUGAAGUGUCAACAGAAAAUGUACAAAGCACUCGAUUUCCAAAACCUGAAUUGGAGAUUCAGUUUACACCUUUGCAGCCAAACAAAAUGGCAGUGAAGCACCCUGGUUGUGCUACCCCGGUCACAAUUAAGAUUCCCAAGGCACGGAAGAGGAAGAGUAAUGAAAUGGAGGAGGACUUGGUGAAAUGUGAAAAUAAGAAGAAUUCUACACCCAGAAAUAAUGUGCAGUUCCCUGCUUUGGAACAUAGAGAUUCCUCUGUCAAAAAGGAUCAAAAGGUUUCCUUAUGUCCAUCAUCUAAGAAAACAUACUCUUUACGGAGCCAGGCAUCUACAGUUAGUGCAAACAUAGCCUCUAAAAAAAGAGAGGGAACACUACAGAAAUUUGGAGACUUUUUGCACCAUUCUCCAACAAUUCUUCAAUCAAAAGCAAAAAAGAUAAUUGAAACAAUGAGUUCUCCAAAGUUUUCAACUGUAGAAGUAAGUAAAGAAAAUGUGUCUCAGCCAAAAAAAGCCAAACGAAAAUUAUACAGAAAUGAAAUUUCAUCUCCCAUCAACAUAUCUGGCCAAGUGAUUUUAAUGGAACAGAAAGUAAAAGAAAGUGAUCAUCAGAUUCUCAAACGACGGCUUCGAACAAGAACAGCCAAAUAAAUCACUUUGGGAAACUGUUUUAAUGUCAAUUUUAUAUUCACAAUCAUUGUAAAUUGUAAGUUUUAAAAGUUAACUGUAUAUAUUAUGCAUCAAAUGCCUCUGUAUAGAUUGGUGUUUUAUAUGUAAUUGUAACUCAAUAAAUAUAUCAACAGUACACUUGUGUACUUUA